CCGUUGGAGUGGUGAGAUCAGAUCGACGGAAAACAACGGUUUAGAGAGAGAAAGUAACGAGAGAAGAAAUACAGAAACAGUGAGACGGAGCACGUCAUAUAUACCCGGUGUGUGUCUAAUGGGAACGACGGCAUUAGCGCCGGGAUUGUCACGGAAGCUGAAGAAAGUGUUGGAAACUCGAACGGACAGUCCAGAUCUGCUGGCAUCGCUCAACACACUCUCCACCUUCUACGCCGAAAACACCCCUCACGCCCGUCGCAAUCUCCGAUCCACCAUCGAGAAGCGAUCUCUCUCCAUCAACCAUGAGUUUCUCCUCGCCUCCGAUACUGCUCAACAGGCGCUGGAUCGGGUGGAGGAGGAGGUAAAUGCGCUGGCUGAAUGCUGCGACAAAAUUGAAAAGGCAUUAAGCAGUUGUAGUGCUACUACUGGAGAUAUUAUCAGUACCACAGAAAGGCUCAAACAAGAACUUGAAAUCACUACUCAGAGGCAAGAGAUCGUGUCAUGUUUCCUUCGUGAUUAUCAGCUUUCUAAUGAAGAGAUAAAUGCGCUGAGGGAAGAAGACCUGAAUGAGAACUUUUUUAAGGCACUUUCUCAUGUUCAAGAAAUUCAUGCCAACUGCAAAGUGCUGCUGCGGACACAUCACCAGCGUGCAGGUUUGGAGCUGAUGGAUAUGAUGGCUGUGUACCAAGAAGGAGCAUAUGAGCGCCUGUGCAGGUGGCUUCAAGCAGAGUGUAGGAGACUAGGUGACACGGAUAAUCCCGAAGUUAGUGAACUUCUGAAAACAGCAGUUCGCUGCCUCAAAGAAAGGCCUGUUCUUUUCAAGUAUUGCGCUGAAGAGGUAGCAAAUAUGAGACAUAACACAUUGUUUAGAAGGUUUAUAAGUGCCCUAACACGUGGAGGGCCUGGUGGACUGCCCAGACCAAUUGAAGUGCAUGCUCAUGAUCCCCUACGAUAUGUAGGUGACAUGCUAGGGUGGCUACAUCAGGCUUUGGCAUCUGAAAGAGAACUUGUCCUUGUUUUGUUUGAUCCAGAUGCAGUGGUUGAUACUGGACCAACUGCACGCCGGUUCUCCAAAGGCUCUGAGAGUGAUAUAGGAAAGACUGAAUCUGACUUGACAUUUGUUCUAGACAGGAUCUUUGAAGGAGUUUGCCGUCCUUUUAAAGUUAGAGUUGAACAAGUUUUGCAAUCUCAACCCAGUCUAAUAGUUUCCUACAAACUUAGUAAUACCCUGGAGUUUUAUACCUACACUAUAUCAGAUUUGCUAGGGAGAGAAACUGCUCUUUGUAAUACACUUUGGGUACUCAAGGAUGCUGCUCAGAAAACAUUUUUUGACAUUCUAAAAACUCGAGGGGAGAAGCUUUUACGAUAUCCUCCCCUUAUUGCUGUUGAUCUUUCUCCACCACCAGCGGUGAGGGAAGGAGUCUCUGUGUUGCUUGAAAUAAUUGAUACACAUGACAGCAUGAUGGUUCCUGCAUCAGCAAUGAAGCCUGCCUUUGAUCCAGUGAUAUCUGCUUUACUAGAUCCUAUUAUUCAGAUUUGUGAACAAGCAGCAGAAGCACACAAGUCCAAGGGAGCCAUGCAGUCAUCUAGAAGAAACAGAAUGAAUUCCCCCCACUCAGGCCAACUCAGUAAAUCAUCUGUUGAUGCAAUUUUGGCAAACAGCAGCUCCAUCCCCUCAUCUCAGACUAGUGAAGCGUCCUCCAAAAUCUUCCUCGUUAACUGCUUGUGUGCAAUCCAACAACCAUUGCUAGGACAUGAGAUUGCAUCUGGAUAUGUGAAGAAGCUUGGAGCAAUGAUAGAUAAUCACAUGCAUGAUCUCGUGGAAAAAGAAGUUGACGCUAUUCUAAGAAGAUGUGGUUUCUCUAACAAGAUGCCUCACUUCCAUAAUUCACAAAACAAUGGGGAAGCCCCAUUGGCAGAAAUAGAGGACACAUCCCCAUCCUCUAUUUCAGAGUGUUUGAAGGCUUUCUUUGGGCUUAUUUUGGGAAGCGAAAGUUCCCUGCCUGAAUUUGAGCAGAUGCAGGUUCCGAAGCUGCGCUCUGAAGCUUAUGUCCACGUGGCUAGAUUGCUGGUUGAAUCUUACGAACUUGUUUACAAUGCAAUCAUGGAUCCCAAGAACCAAUACCCAGAUCCCAGGUCACUGGCAAGGCAUCCUCCUGAUCAGAUAAGGACAAUUUUAGGAAUAUGAAUAUAUACAAAUGUUAAAUAAUGGUUCUUGUCAGAGUGAAAUGCUGCUGUUCUUGUAUGGUCUUUGACAUUUUUUUUUUCUUUCUAUAUAUUUUAAUUUUUUCUUUUCUUGUAAAAUUUUUAGGAACAGGUUUUGUAUUGCAAUUAUUCUUGUGAUUGAUGGGCUCAA